AUGAAUCUUCCAAUUGAUAUGACGACGAUGAGCUCACAAGAGCGUCUUGAGAAAAUGUCUCAAAUUCCAAAAAUUGACCUUCUCGAAGAAGACGAAGAAGACGAUGAGCAAAAACCAAACUUGGAGAACAAGAUGAAGUUCAAUAUAAAUGAAUUAUUGGAAGAUGAUCGGAAACCAAAUAAUCAAAGUUCUCCAUCUGCAUCGUCUGAAGAUAGUGUUAAUGAUAAUGAACCGCAAGCUUUCAACUUCAACUUUGAUCCUAAAAUCAAUCCGAUAGCUGCCUUGUUUCAACUUCAACAGUCUUUCAUAAACAUUGGCAGUUCUCAGAAUCAGAUGAUGUCUCCGCUGUCAAUGUUUCCAUUUAUGGGUCUUCCAACCGCCGCUCAAAUGAUGCAAUUCAAAAACUUGAGUAAUGGAGACUUGAAUGGUCAAUCAGACAAUGGAGAAGAAAAAGAUGGGAAGAGUGAGGGAAAAGACGGCGAGACAAGAGACUCCACUGGAGGAAGUCCGUUGGAAUCAGACGCGGAAGAUGACGACGAAAUGGGCCGUGGCAGUGACGACGAGACAAACUCCAGUGAUCCAAAUCAGUCGAGAAAGAAGAAGACAAGAACAGUUUUCAGCAGAACUCAAGUUUCUCAACUGGAAAUGAUGUUCGAUCUCAAAAGAUAUCUUAGCAGCCAGGAGCGUUCAAACUUGGCUCAAAAAUUGCACUUGACUGAAACUCAAGUUAAAAUUUGGUUCCAAAACCGGCGUAACAAGUUCAAGAGACAAGCUCAAACCGAGGACCCGAAUGCUUCUCUUCAAAUCCACAGAGCCAACAUUUUCUCAAUCCCACCAAACCAAGCAAUUCCAUCUCCAAUCCUCUCCAUCCCAACCACAAGUGCAGGAGUCAACAUGAGGAACAUGAUCCCAUCUCCAAUGGAUGCUUCUACUGCCGCUGCAAGAUUCUUGUUCGGAUUCGGAACUCUUCAAGCACAACAGAACAUGGCUGCCCAGGAUCAAAACAUGUGA